AUGCGCCUCACCCAAGCCGCCGCGUCUGGCCUGCAGCGAUGCUUUGGCCGAGCGAAGAUGCAACUUCCGUACGCUGCGCACCGUCCGUCAGCACCUCGAUGGUGCCGUGCGUUCAGCGACAUCAAAAGCGACGACGAUGAUGAUGACGACGUCGAUGUCCCGUCCUCCAAGAGUAUUGCGACCUUUGGUGAAGGUGACAAGGCACCCAUGGUGCCGCAUGUGUUGGUUAUUCCAACGCACAAGCGUCCAUUGUUUCCUGGGGUCGUGCUGCCCAUGACGAUCACCAACCCCGACGUCACCAAGGCCUUGGCAGCGCUUCGUGACAGCGGUCAAAAGUACGUCGGCGUCUUCUUGAAGAAGCAAGCUAGUAAACUCGACGUCACGACAAAGGAGGAAAUGGGGUUCACGGGCAUGGAGGCGCAAAAGGACGAAGACCUGGUCACGGACUUGACCGGGAUCCAUCACAUCGGCAGCUACGCCCGCAUCGACAACCUCAUCAACUUUGAGAACAACAGCGCGUCGCAGCUGCUCUUGGUCGGCCAGCGCCGCAUCACCAUCGACGACGUGCACGACAGCGGAGUGGAAACAUCGUCACAGCGCCGCUCGUUCGUGUCAAUGCCUUGA